GAAGUAUUGAUGCUGAACGUGAACUAAACAAGCGCUAUCCAUGUGGCCCUCCAGAUGACAAAUUCCAAAGCAGUGAAGGAAGCAUGAAUGCAGGGUACUGUUGCUGACUUUAUUGCUGCUUGAUUGAAAUUCAGAACAAACUGCUAGAGAAGUUGUCAUCUCUUUGACACAAAUGACGUAAAGAGAAGAUAGAAAUGGAUGAUUCUUGUAAUAAGUUGGUCUGUGCCCGGAAUAAAAGUUUGUUUGACCUGGAGGAUAUCAUCACUGACAUUCUCUUAAGGCUUCCUAUGAAGUGCCUUAUGUUAUGCAAGUCUGUUUCUAAAAAUUGGAGGAGAUUAAUUAGCAGUCCAAAUUUCAAGCGUUUGCAGCUACUUCGGUCCCAAGAAAAUCCUAGUUAUGUUUUCUACCCUUAUGUUUGUUUGUGCUGCAGUGUACUUUUUCUGACUAAGGUUCAUGGAGAAACCACUGAAACUAUUCCAGGUUGCAGUAGACAUUGGUGUAAACACAUGAUAUGUUCCUUUAAUGGUCUGAUCUGUAGCAUUAGCUACAAAAGCUUCUUUGAGAAGAAGGUACACAUGGGCAUUGUUAUCUUCAAUCCCAUUACUCAGGAAGUCCUGUUACUUCCACAAAGUCGUUUAUCAGCAGAGGCACCUAAGAUUGGUGUUGCUUUUGGCAGUAGAAUGAAUGGCUAUAAAGUAUUUCGGUUUUUCAACCCAUCUGGAAAAUCUCAGGAUAAACAUCAUGAAUGUGAGGUAUAUUCAUCAAUCACUGGAUCCUGGAAAGGAAUAGGUAGUGUUGCAUACAAUCCCUCGAGUUCACAGCAUAUAUGUAUUGAUGGAACGGUGUAUUGGUUCAUCAAAUCUGUAAGAAAUGGGUUGAUUAUUGGCUCCAUCCUUGCAGUUGAUACGGAGGAAAACUUUAGUGUAAUUGGCAUUCCAGUGGAAGCUACUCUAUACCCUUUCUUAGUUAGCAUAGAAGGUUGCUUAUCUCUAGUGGCUAAAAAUGUAUGUGACAACAGAUUUGAUAUAUGGAUUUUACAGGACAGCAAGGAGUUCAUAUGGGUCAAGAAAUGCACUGCUUAUAUGCACGCUUUUAACAUUAAGGAAGUCAACCAUGUUACUGCACUGAAAAAUAAAAUUCUAUUUGCAAGUGGGCGACGAUAUUUUUUCUAUAACAUGUGCAGCAAAACUUGGAGAGAAUUUGACUGGGGACGUGAUUUUCAAAAGAGGGUUUCCAGUCCAUUAGUGUACACAGAAAGCCUCCUUCCUUGUAAGUUCUGA